GAGUUCAGUCAUCCAAAAACCUUCUCCCAUAUGGAGGGUCUGGCUGCCUCGAUUCCAAUGCCUUUCCGCAGUGUCUUCUUGCUAUCUCGCUAGGCUUUUUAGGAGAGCUGCAACUCUUCCUAAAAGCCACCAGCACCCAAGUUACAACAGUCUCCUUUUUUUCCUUAAAAGCCUCUCCAUCCAGAUCCUCCGCUCCAGCUUUACUUGGUUGAUCCAUGAAGUUGAAUUUCCAUUCUUAAGUGCUCUGGGGUAGCUUAUGGGAACUCCGGUUGGUAUUUUUUGCUCCAUAUUUCUCUGCAUGGGAUGACAAUGAUAUCAGAGGGGAAAAGACCAAUGACUGCUAUUGCUUGUUUGCUUUUGGCAUCUGCUAACUGCAUUAUAAAUUUGGGUGAAUCUCUUCAUGUCUCUGUCCAACCUGAUUCUAUUGUCCAAAAGCAUGGUGGCUUGGUUACUCUGGGAUGUGUGGUUGAGCCUUUGGAAAUAAAUGUCACCUGGAGACUGAAUGGAAGGGAGCUGCUCCAAUCAGAUUAUAUUCUGGGGAUCCAUAUUGAUCAAAGACUACUCACCAUUGCUGCCUUAAACAAUCACACAGUGGGUCGAUACCAGUGCAUAGCCCGCAUGUCUGAAGGUGUUGUUGCCAGUGUUCCUGCCAUGGUAACAUUAGCCAAACUCAAAGACUUUAAGCAUGAUGGUCAGCAUGUAAUAGAAGUUGAUGAGGGAAAUACAGCUGUGAUUGCAUGUGACCUUCCUGAAAGCCAUCCAAAAGCCCAGGUUCGCUACAGCGUGAAGCAAGAAUGGCUGGAGGCCUCUAGAGACAACUACUUGAUCAUGCCAUCUGGGAAUCUUCAGAUAGUCAAUGCCAGCCAGGAUGAUGAAGGAACUUACAAAUGUGCAGCCUACAACCCUGUCACCCAGGAAGUGAAAACAUCUGUGUCUAGUGAGAGACUCCGUGUGAGACGCUCAACAGCUGAGGCUGCUCGUAUAAUUUAUCCCACAGAGGCCCAGACCAUCAUUAUCACCAAGGGCCAAAGCCUCAUCCUUGAAUGUGUAGCUAGUGGGAUUCCACCUCCACGUGUUACAUGGACUAAGGAUGGCUCCAAUGUCUUUGGCUACAAUAAAACUCGGUUCCUUCUCAGCAAUCUUCUGAUAGAUGCAAUCAGUGAGGAAGACUCAGGCACUUACAGCUGCAUGGCUGACAAUGGUGUGAGGAAAGCUGCAGCAGCUGUCAUUCUCUACAAUGUUCAAGUAUUUGAACCUCCAGAGGUUAGUAUGGAACUAUCCCAGCAGAUCAUUGCUUGGGGACAGAGUGCAAAGUUUACCUGCAGAGUUCGAGGGAAUCCCCAGCCUUCAGUGGUGUGGCUACGCAAUGCAGUUCCUCUCUUUUCCAGCCAUCGAAUGCAGCUCUCUCGUAAGGCUCUUCGUGUUUCUAGCGUAGGGCCUGAGGAUGAAGGAAUAUACCAGUGCAUGGCAGAAAAUGAAGUUGGGAGUGCACAAGCUAUGAUACAGCUGAGAAUUUCCCAACCAGCAACGAGUCAGAUGUCACAGCAGAGACCUGUUGGUGAUUCAGCACAGUCUGCCACCUCACCUACUAGGUUUACCAGUAGUGAAAAAAUGCUGAAAGAGAAAGCUGUCCUUUUAAAAUCAAAACCUACAGUUCCAGCAGCAUCUGUCCAGUGUACCUCAAAAGAACUGGUUUCUCCAGCUGAGGCCCCAGUCAUCCUUAGUUCUCCUCGAACUACCAAAACUGAUGGAUAUGAACUGUUGUGGCGACCACGGCAGGAUAACAAAACACCUAUCCUCUACUAUAUUGUGAAGUAUCGCAAGGUAAUGAAUUCUUCAGAAAGCUGGAUAAUCCGAGAUGUCCCUGCCAGCCAGUAUCAUUUGAGUCUAACUAAACUGGAUCCAGGAAGCUUAUAUGAAGUGGAGAUGGCUGCUUAUAACUGUGCUGGAGAGGGCCAGACAGCCAUGGUGACCUUCAGAACUGGACGACGACCAAAACCAGAUAUUGUUGCCAGUAAAGAACAGCAGUUCCAGAAGGAUGACCCAGGCACUGGAUCUCGAAGUAGCAACCAAUCAGAACACAAUCGCCUAUCCCCUCCUGAGGCUCCAGAUCGUCCCACUAUUUCAGUAGCAUCUGAGACAUCUGCCUAUGUGACUUGGAUCCCACGUGGGAAUGGUGGGUUCCCUAUUCAGUCAUUCAGAGUGGAGUAUAAGAAACUGAAGAAACCUGGUGACUGGGUGCUAGCCAGAAGUGACAUCCCCCCUUCUCGUCUCUCUGUGGAAAUUAGAGACCUAGAAAAAGGCACAUCUUACAAAUUCCGGGUGCGAGCGUUGAACAUACUGGGGGAGAGUGAACCUAGUGCUGCAUCUAAACCAUAUGUUGUAUCAGGUUAUAGUAAUCGUGCAUAUGAGCGUCCUGUUGCAGGUCCAUAUAUCACUUUCACUGAUGCCAUUAAUGAGACAACCAUCAUGCUAAAGUGGAUGUAUAUCUCAGCCAGCAAUAACAAUACACCAAUUCAUGGAUUUUACAUCUAUUAUCGACCAACUGACAGUGAUAAUGAUAGUGAUUAUAAGAAAGAUGUGGUAGAAGGUGAUCGGUACUGGCAUUCUAUCAGCCACCUCCAGCCAGAGACUUCAUAUGACAUUAAAAUGCAGUGCUUCAAUGAAGGUGGAGAGAGUGAAUUUAGUAAUGUUAUGAUGUGUGAAACUAAAGCUCGAAAAUCAGCAGGACUGCCUGGUCGUCUUCCACAAUCUACAGUAUCUACAAUACAGCACCCACCACUCAAUAGUGGCCAUACUGUCUUAGGGGCAGGGGCCAUGGUGGCCCGCUCCAGUGAUCUAUCAUAUUUGAUUGUAGGUGUGGUACUGUGCUCCAUCGUUCUCAUUAUUGUGGUUUUCAUUCCAUUUUGCCUUUGGAGAGCUUGGUCUAAGCAAAAGCAGACCGUAGAUUUGGGCUUUCCUGGAGCAGGACUGCUAGUACCAUCUUGCCAGUAUACCAUGGUGCCUUUGCAAGGUGUUUCUACUCCUCAAGUUAAUGGGCUACAUUAUACAAAUGGUGGCAGUGGUCAUUUCCCCUCAGCUACAGUUGGAUAUUCUUGUGCAAAGCCGUAUGAUUGCCACUCAGAGGAGGCUCAUCAGCAAAAUGAAACCAAUGCUUUUCUGCAAAGGAGGGCACUACAAAAUGGAAGCACUCCACCUGAACCUCAAAGGCUUACCAGCCCUGGACUAGAACACAGUUCUUUACUUUGUGGUCUUCCAGAUGACUCCACAAGCCAACUGUUACAGCAGCAUGACAACCACCACCACCACCACCACCACCACCAUGAACAACUCCUUAGCCUGUGUCACUCAACAUCACAAAGCAAGAUGGGAAAUUCCACUAUGGAAGAAGACAUGAGGAAUCCUGCCUUCCAUACAGAUUCCACUUGCUGCCUUGGUCUAGUACCUGUUGAACACAUAGAGAGAACAGAUUUCUGCCAAAAUAGAAGACAUGUAUGGCCCACAAAUCCAGUGGAUGUUUCUUCAGGAGAAAGCUCAGAGAAGUAUUUGAAUAGCCUGCCGGUGCAUAUUUCCUCAGAUACUUGUUCCAGCAUCAGAUAAGGAACAAGCUGCCUUACAAAGAUUAUUCUAAACAGAGAAAAGGUUAUUUAUUUUUGUAUUACAUUUUUAUUUAUAUAUUUAUGCACUUGUAAAUAGAUGUACAUGUGCCUUCUAAUUACAGAGAAGAUGAUAUCAUGUGAAAAAUACAGCAGGGAAUAAACCAAGACCAAGUCGACCACAUAUAUUUUCAUCAGUUCAUGGACUCGAAAAAACAGAUUUCUGCUUUAUGUCUUAAAAAGGCAUUGGAGCUUGCUUCAUUCUCCAGUUACUAGAGUUGUGUUUCUAAUGGUGAAAAUAUGGGAAAAUCUUUUUUCUAUAAUCCUGUUGGAGGAAUUUCACUGCAGAAUGCCAAAUACAAAAGUUAAUGGACAAUUUACCUGCAUUAAAAACAAUAUAUAGGUUAUGUGCCAGUAAUGAAAAAAAAUGCCAUGCUUCAGAAGUAAAUAAAGCAUUUCUCCUUUUUUU